AAAACAAUUGUAGAGACCUCCUCUUUUCGCCCCACAACCAUAGAAGGCGAACGAUCUACUUGUAUUUUGUGCAGUAAACAGGUUGUUUUUGAAAAGGUUCCUGUCCAGACCAGAAUGGCUCAGCAACUGCUACUGUCGCUGCCCGAGUUUCAGAAUGUUUCCACGGGUACUUUGGUGGUGAAGGAGCCGCUGAAUUUCUGGGGAGGAGCGAGAGUGAAGCCGAAGGACACAAAGAAUUCGGAACCAGUAUACGAACCUGCAACUGGUCGUGUGCUGUGUGAUAUGAUUCCCUGUGGAGAGGAGGAGGUAGAUCAGGCCAUAAAAAGUGCUCAGUCUGCAUACCUAAAAUGGAGUAAAUUAUCAGGAAUGGAGAGGGCCCGGAUCAUGCUGCAGGCUGCCAGAAUUAUUAGGGAGCGCAGAGAUGAAAUUGCGAGAGCAGAAGUGGCCAACAAUGGCAAAUCUAUCACUGAGGCUCAGGUGGAUAUUGAUGUUGCUUGGCAGUGUAUUGAGUACUAUGCUGGCAUUGCCCCCACACUGUCAGGCCAGCACAUACAGCUUCCAGGAGGAUCUUUUGCCUACACCAGAAGGGAGCCACUGGGAGUGUGUGUCGGCAUUGGAGCUUGGAACUACCCAUUCCAGAUAGCUGCCUGGAAGUCAGCCCCAGCUAUGGCCUGCGGCAAUGCCAUGGUGUUUAAACCGUCUCCCAUGACCCCAGUCACAGCAGUCAUGUUGGCAGAGAUCUAUAAAGAGGCAGGUGUCCCAGAUGGACUCUUUAACGUGGUACAAGGAGGAGCCGAGACUGGAGGGCUGCUGUGUCACCAUCCCAUGGUGGCUAAAGUGUCCUUCACAGGCAGUGUUCCCACCGGAAAGAAGGUUAUGGAAAUGGCAGCCAAAGGUGUGAAGCAGGUGACUCUGGAGCUUGGAGGAAAGUCACCACUGAUCAUCUUUAAAGACUGUGAGCUGGAAAAUGCAAUCAAAGGGGCCCUCAUGGCUAACUUCCUCACCCAGGGAGAGGUGUGCUGCAAUGGAACACGGGUGUUUGUACAGAGGGAGAUCAUGCCACAGUUCUUGGAGGAAGUGGUGAAGAGGACCAAGGCUAUUUCUGUUGGAGAUCCCAUGUGUGACGGGACACGCAUGGGAGCUUUGAUCAGUAAACCCCACAUGGAAAAAGUGCUGGGCUUUAUCCAACAAGCUAAAGAACAGGGUGCAAAGGUUUUAUGUGGAGGAGAACGAUUUGUUCCCAGUGAUUCCAAACUGAAAGACGGAUACUUUGUGACUCCAUGUGUGUUAGAUAACUGCAGGGAUGAUAUGACCUGUGUAAAGGAGGAGAUCUUUGGACCUGUGAUGUCUGUUCUGCCUUUUGACUCAGAGGAGGAGGUUCUUCAAAGAGCCAACAACACAACCUUUGGCCUGGCAUCUGGAGUCUUCACUAGGGAUAUAGCUCGUGCCCACAGAGUUGCUGCAAACAUUCAGGCUGGAACGUGCUAUAUCAACAACUACAAUGUUGGCCCUGUAGAAGUUCCUUUUGGAGGCUACAAGAUGUCAGGGUUUGGAAGGGAGAAUGGGCAAGUGACGAUUGAGUACUACUCUCAGCUCAAGACUGUUGUGGUGGAAAUGGGAGAUGUGGAAAACUACUUUUAGGCUAUUGUGGUGUUAAACACCAGCAUUCCUUACAGCCAUGUGAUUUCCAAGUUUUCAGAUCUAGUU